AUGUAUCACACAUAUAUAUCAUUUGACACCCUUCACCUCUUACUCCCCUUCACCUCUUACUCCCCUUCACCUCUUACUCCCCUUCACCUCUUACUCCCCUUCACCUCUUACUCCCCUUCUCCUCUUACUCCCCUUCACCUCUUACUCCCCUUCACCUCUUACUCCCCUUCACCUCUUACUCCCCUUCACCUCUUACUCCCCUUCACCUCUUACUCCCCUUCACCUCUUACUCCCCUUCACCUCUUACUCCCCUUCACCUCUUACUCCCCUUCACCUCUUACUCCCCUUCACCUCUUACUCCCCUUCACCUCUUACUCCCCUUCACCUCUUACUCCCCUUCACCUCUUACUCCCCUUCACCUCUUACUCCCCUUCACCUCUUACUCCCCUUCUCCUCUUUCUCCCCUUCACCUCUUACUCCCCUUCACCUCUUACUCCCCUUCACCUCUUACUCCCCUUCUCCUCUUACUCCCCUUCACCUCUUACUCCCCUUCACCUCUUACUCCCCUUCACCUCUUACUCCCCUUCACCUCUUACUCCCCUUCACCUCUUACUCCCCUUCACCUCUUACUCCCCUUCACCUCUUACUCCCCUUCACCUCUUACUCCCCUUCACCUCUUACUCCCCUUCACCUCUUACUCCCCUUCACCUCUUACUCCCCUUCUCCUUCUCCCCCUCCCUCUCUUCCCUGCUGCACAAUCUUCGCUGUGUCGUCUUUCCCCAUCCCAGCCCCUCUCCCUUCGCUUCCCGUAUCUCUCUUUGUUCUUCUCUGCCCCUUUCCGGUGCCGCUUUUGACUCGUACUUCCCGGUGGAGAGCGAGGUGGACCACCGCCUGGCAGCCUACUCCAAGCUCGGCGCCGCCUUUGCGCUCGCCUCCUCCUCCACCGCUGCUGGCUCUCUGCCCGACCCCUCCGAGGCGCAGAUCCGAGAGGGCGAGAUCGAGGCGCUGCUGCAGCAGCUGGCGUCGCUGAACGAUGCCAUGGGUGCAUGUGCUGCUGCGGGGGGAGCAGGAGGGGGCAGCUCGGAGCUGCAGGCGCACACACUCACCCGCCACAACAACAUCCUGCUGGAGUUCUCAAGGGAGUUCGCCCGCACGCGAGCAGCAGUGACCACCAACCUGGAGCGAGCGCAGCUGCUGGGAGUGUUCGGCAAGGCGGGUGGCAGGGAGGGGGGCGGCACAGGCAGCAGUGCGGGCGCGGAGGUGCUGUCUGAAACAGCCAGACUGCUCAACGAACGCAACUCCAUCCACUCCGCACUCUCUCAGGCUGAUGACGUCAUCAAGCAAGCAUAUGCCACGUCAUCAUCUCUGGCACAGCAGCGCUCGCUCCUUGGAGGCACAUUCUCUAAAGUCACACUCUUGGGCAACCGAAUUCCAGGACUGAACACGCUGCUGUCAGCCAUCAGGAGGAAGAAGUCACGCGACUCGCUCAUUCUCGCUGCUGUCAUCGCCGCCUGCACGCUCUUCCUCCUCGUCUACUGGCUCAACAAAUAG